AAAGGAUCAGAGUGAAACCGAUAUCAAAUUACCACCUGUUACCAGAAAAUCAGCUCAUGGGAUCCAGGGGAUUAUUGUGGCAGGUCUGCGGCCCAGCUUUCAACAAAGCUGGUCUGAUCUGAGAUCAGUAGCGGUCCGGGUCUCAUCGCCCGACAGGCUGACGUCCGUCUGCACGCCUGCGUUGGGCUGUCCAGCUGCAGGGAGCCUCGGGACGACCUCCAGCGAGCGUUCAUCUCAUUCAUGGCUUGACCUCCUCACAGUGCACGCUGUGGACAGUUCCAUCGAGGGCAGUCUCCCUCUAAGUACCAUAGCACAUGGAUUUCAAGACUUCAAAUGAAGAGACGAAGACUGGGAUUUAUUUGCUUCAAGAUGGCAACGAAGAACCUUUCAAUGUGCGCCUGCAUCUGGCCAAAGACAUUCUGACCAUUCAGGAGCAAGAUGUCAUCUGUGUGUCUGGGGAGCCCUUCUACUCCAGUGAAAGAACUGUGACCAUCCGCCGACAGACAAUAGGAGGAUUCGGCCUGAGCAUCAAGGGUGGAGCUGAACACAAAAUCCCGGUUGUGAUAUCCAAAAUAUCAAAAGAACAAAAGGCUGAACUCUCUGGACUGCUCUUCAUCGGAGAUGGGAUCCUUCAGAUUAAUGGAAUUAACGUGAGAAGCUAUCGACAUGAAGAGGUGGUGCAGGUGCUGAGGAAUGCUGGGGAGGAAGUCACGUUGACCGUCUCGUUCCUCAAGAGGACACCAGCCUUCCUAAAACUCCCCCUAUGCGAAGACUGCACCUGUGUUCCAAGUGACCAGAGUAGCGGCACGUCGUCACCACUCUGUGACAGUGGCCUGCACUUGAACUACCAUCCCAACAACACGGACACGUUGUCGUGCUCGUCGUGGCCCACCUCGCCUGGCCUGCGCUGGGAGAAGAGAUGGGUGGACCUGCGGCUCAUCCCCCUCCUCCACUCGCGCCUCUCCCACUACCUGCCAGGCUCGGAUGUGUGCAGGCAAAAUGCCUUUCAAGUGAUUGCCGUGGAUGGGGUGUGCAGUGGGGUGAUUCAGUGCCCGACUGCUGAGGAGUGCCUCGAAUGGCUCCAGGCAGUAGCAACCAAUAUAUCAGCUCUCACAAAGCACAACGUGAAGAAGAUUAACCGAAACUUUCCUGUUAAUCAGCAAAUCAUCUAUAUGGGAUGGCUGGAGGAGAAGGAACAGGACAUGGUGCAGGACCGAAUGUACACACCAAAGUUCCUCGCCUUGAGAGGCUCCUCACUCUUCAAAUUCUCAGCGCCGCCUGUGACAACGUGGGACUGGACCAGGGCGGAGAAGAGUUUCACCAUCUACGAGAUCAUGUUCAAGAUUCUGAAGGACGGAGACCUCGUGGACCAGCGGCGGCACUGCUUCUGCCUGCAGGUGGACACGGGCGAGGACACCUUCUUCAGCGUGGAGCUGGAGUGCGAGCUGCUCGUCUGGGAGAAGGCCUUCCAGAUGACCACCUACCUGGAGGUGGAGAGGAUACAGUGUAAAACGUACGCUUGUAUAAUGGAGAGUCAUCUUAUGGGACUGACAAUAGACUUCACUAUGGGAUUCGUCUGCUUUGAUGCUGCUUCAAAGGCAGUGCUCUGGCGAUACAAGUUCUCCCAGCUGAAAGGGUCCUCUGACGACGGGAAGAGCAAAAUCAAAUUUCUGUUCCAAAAUCAGGACACCAAACUCAUCGAAGCGAAGGAGCUGGAGUUCUCCAACCUCUUUGCCGUGCUGCACUGCAUCCACGCGUUCUUCGCCGCCAAGGUGGCCUGCCUGGACCCCGUGUUCGUGGGGAGUCAGAACGCCGCCGCUGCCGGCAACACCAUCACCUCGGUGUGCUCGACCAUGCCGGCGUCCAAAAUCAAGUACACCACCUGA